GGCAACCUCCAGCCAUUCUAGAGCCGGCCAUGGCAGGAAGCCAAGCAGCUUCUCCGUCCUCUCAUCUCCACGUCGUGGUGUUCCCAUGGCUCGCCUUCGGCCACAUGAUCCCGUUCCUCGAGCUCUCCAACCGGCUCGCGCGGCGCGGCCACGCCGUCACCUUCGUGUCCACGCCGAGGAACGCCGCCAGGCUGGGCGCCGUCCCGCCGGAGCUCUCCGCGCUCGUCCGCGUCGCCGCGCUGGAGUUGCCGCAGGUCGAGGGGCUUCCGGACGGCGCCGAGUCGACGGCCGACGUCCCGCCGGAGAAGGUCGGGCUGCUCAAGAAGGCGUUCGACGGCCUAGCCGCGCCGUUCGCGCAACUCGUCGCGGAGGCCUGCGCCGGCGGCAAAGACGAGGUCGCGGCCUUCUCGAGGAAGCCCGACUGGAUCGUCCUCGACUUCGCGCAGAACUGGAUUUGGCCAAUCGCUGAGGAGCACGAGAUUUCGUGCGCCACCUUCUGCAUCCUGCCAGCGGCUUUCUUGGCAUUCGUCGGCCCGGAGCACGAGAACGCGGCGCACCCGCGGAGCACGGCGGAGGACUUCAUGGCCGCGCCGCCGUGGAUCGACUUCCCCUCCACCAUCGCGCACCGCCGCCACGAGGCCCAGGCCAUCGCCGCCGUGUUCCGGCCGAACGACUCCGGCGUGUCCGACAUGGACCGAUUCUGGGAGUUGCAGCAGCGCUGCCGCCUCGUCGUCCUCCGCAGCUGCCCCGAGGCCGAGCCGCGGCUGAUCCCUCUCCUCACGGACAUCUUCGCCCGGCCGGUCAUCCCUGCCGGCCUCCUCCUGCCAGACGACGUCGUGGGCGACGACGACGCCGCCCCCGGCGGCGACCAGUCCUUCUCGGCCGCCGUCCGUUGGCUGGACGAGCAGCCCCGGGGGUCGGUCAUCUACGUGGCUCUCGGGAGCGAGGCGCCUGUGACGGCGGAACACGUGCGGGAGCUCGCGCUCGGGCUUGAGCUCUCCGGCGUUCGGUUCCUCUGGGCGCUCCGGUGGCCCUUCGGGCACUCCGGCGAGCUCCUCCCGGACGGGUUCGAGCGCCGCGUCGCGGGGCGCGGCGUCGUGCGCGCCGGGUGGGUGCCGCAGGUGCGCGUGCUGGCGCACGCCGCGGUGGGUGCGUUCCUGACGCACUGCGGCUGGGGAUCCACCGUGGAGAACCUCUUCCGGUUCGGGCACCCCCUCGUGAUGCUGCCGUUCGUCGCCGACCAGGGCCUCAUCGCGCGGGCCAUGGCGGCGCGCGGCGUCGGCGUCGAGGUGACCUGGAACGAGGACGACGGGUCGUUCCGCGGGGACGACGUCGCGGCGGCGGUGCGGCGGGUGAUGGUGGAGGAGGAAGGCGUGGAGCUCGCGCGCAACGCCGGCGAGCUGCAGAAGGUUGUGGGGGACAACCCGAGGCAGGAGCGAUACACCGAUGAGCUGGUCGAGUACCUGCAGCGUUACAAAUGAAAGGCGUGCAGCAUGAACGUGUUACUUGUGAACGUGUGUCUGAAGUCUGAAGAAUGUCGCGUCAAAUUUGUUUGGGAUUUGCAUUGGCUAUCUCCUGUUGAACUACCUCUCGC